AGUGAAAGAAACCCCAUAAUGGGGCCGUUAUGGGAAAAAGCUGCCCUGAGGGGACAUUUCUGCCUAAGCCCACACAGGUAAUGGUUGGGUGAUGCCCCCGGAGGGUUUUUAAUCCCUUAUAUUUAACUGUAGAUAUCCAUCCAACUGCAAACCUUCUUCCAAUUGUACGGAGCUCCUGGCCUCAAUAAUAGCUACGUAAGCGAAAUGUGGUUUUGGCUUCCUAUCGACUGGGAUGUCUCCUCACUAGUGAGGGUGAGCCUGGCAGUGCAGAGCUUAGAUGGGCUUCAGCUCCCAUGGAAAUAUUCCUCUUUUUCCCCACAAGCGAAACAGCCUGAGACGCCAGCUGUGCCAUCUCGCAAGACCUCAGUCAUCCUCUCUGCCCUGCCCGUUGUUCUGAGCGUGGCUCUGGGUAUCUCCCUCAUUGCAGUGACCGUCAUGUAUUUCCAGGGACAGAAAAGGCUACGAGACGUGGACAAAGCGGUUCACAAAAUCAGAGCCUCUCUGCAGCCCAACACCACCUUGGACACCUCAAAGGAGCUGGACAGUCUGCAGUUAUUGGAUGAAGCACAGGCAGGAGUCCGGAUGCUGAAAGACCAGCUGGGUGAUGUGCUGACAAAGCUCUCCAGGGGCUGGAGGUUUUAUGGUGGGAACCUCUAUUACUUUUCACAAGAAAGGAAGUCGUGGGACGAGGCCGAGCAGUUCUGUGUGUCUCAGGACUCGCACCUGACCUCUGUCUCCUCCCAGGCGGAACAGGAGUUUCUCUCCAGCGAUACCAAAGGUCAAAAUCACUGGAUUGGACUCACCGACCGGGAGACAGAAGGCAGCUGGCGCUGGGCGGAUGGCACAGAAUACAGAGCAGACGCAAGCAGGGGGUUCUGGGGGGAGAAUCAGCCAGACAACUGGGAUCAGGGGAUUGGAGGCAGAGAAGACUGUGUUCACAUCCAUUCAAUCAACCGGAAUUUGUGGAAUGAUGCCAACUGCGUUCUGCCUUCUAUGUGGAUUUGUAAGCAGGCCCAUGGACCAGCUGGGAUGUGACAUGCAGUCCCAGCACCUCAGAAAGCACCUUAAUUUCCAAGCAAGAAUAUUUCCCAGCCACCCGCUGGUGAGGAGCUCAGUUUGACAGCAGCCUGUCUGGCAAGAGAUCACUUACCAAUGGUUGUGGUUGUGAAACCCUCAUUUCUCUGUGUUUUAUUUUUUUGGCCCCCACUUUCCUAUUGUUAAUCUGUCUGGUUCUCUAACUGUUUCUCUCUGCUGUGUAAUUAAUUUUGGUAGGUGUCAGUUAAUUAGGGUAGUGGGAUAUAAUUGGUUAGAGAAUUAUGUUCCAAUAUGUUAGGAUUGGUUAGAUAGAUUUCAGUACAAUGAUCGGUUAAGGUAUAGCUGAGAAUAUUACUAUAUAAACUGGGGUCAAACAGGAAGUAGGCAGGGAAAUUGGAAUCAAGUUUGCUGGACAUUAACCCCAAUAAACAUCGCACUGUCUGCACUUCAGACUUCUGGUCUUUUGCCGCUUGCUGUCUGCGUGACAAGA